CUGGAAUAUCUACAGGUGUCUCGCUAGAUUUCCUCGCCAAUUAUUCGUCGUACGGUCUUGACAAUGCCACGAAAGUGCGAAUGAUAAUAGUCAUCUUCCUACAGCGAGCGGUUCUCCGUCUGCAGUCUGCCCGCCCUAAAUCUUAUCAAUCGUGGCAGACGGCUUGUGGGACGAAAUUAAUCGGCUAUGGGAGGCAUUCCUUUUCGAUCAACCGGAUGCAAUACGUGCCGGCGACGAAAGGUCAAGUGUGACGAGGCAAAGCCGGAAUGCAAUCGAUGCAUCAAGAACGGCCAUGUUUGUACCGGCUAUGAACGGAAAAGGGUCUUUAUCCAUAAAUCGUCCGAGGUCAUAGAUGAUGGAGAACUGAAGCUCGUCCGUCGCCCGAAGUCGACCUCCGGGAAGAUUCCCGACCGUCAAUUAACACGAGUGGGGCCAGGCCUUCCCCGUUUGAAUAUCAAUGCGGAGGUCCGAUCACAGCUGCUCGCCUCCUUUGUGGGGGGCUUUCUUCCUUCGUCACGGCAUUUGCAAGAUGGAAAAGAUUCAAACAUCCUCAAAACACUUCCUGAACUAUGUGGGAAUAGUCCUCUGCUGGACAGAGCGCUUCUAUCGCUCUCUUCGGCUUUUCUUGCGAAACAACACAAGGACGAUCGUUUACUCGGAUAUAGUACGAAGCUCUAUAACAAUUCGAUGGAGAUCAUGCAGGGCAAGAUCAAAUCCGGCAGAGGCCUGGGCCAAGAUGUCCUAUAUACAACAGUCAUAUUCCAAUUAUACGAAUUAAUCCACUCGUCACCCCCGGGAUUUAUGGCCUGGAUAGCACAUGUGCAAGGCAGUAACGCGAUCAUUAACCAGUGCAGCGUCCGCAAAAAAGAAAGUACUACUGAGAAGUUGUUCCACCGUCAACUUAAAUUUGUUACUUUAUGUGAUGCGGUGGGGAGACGCAAGGCCGCCACCCUCUAUGAAGUUCUGACUACGCAACAACGCUUAUCCCAGGGCUCAACGGAAGUUGAGCCAAUCGAUGAACUGACGGACCUUCUGGCCGAGUGCUCUGCUCUCAUAGAACACGUAGACAUUUUCAUCGAGCAUCUCCCUGCCAGCCCUAAUGGCGUCAAGAACGACGGCGAGAAGUUACUGGAUUCUUGCCUAUCGCUAGAGGGAAGACUACACCAGACAUGUCUCAGGAUGCAGGAGAAACUUGGGACGCCAUCGACAGGCCUUCAUGAUGUUCCCUUGCGGGAAGACAUGAGAGCACACCUUGCCACCUCUUUAUUCCCCGAUCCCUUCCAAUUCGCCUCCCUGGCCUGCGCUGAAUCGCACCUCAUCUAUUGGGCCACCUUGAUUAUACUGUACCCGCUAGUUGAUGAGCUUCUCGACGUCCUUGGCUAUCGCGGAAAUGACGUUACACCCUCGCAGUCCUGUGCCACUCAUCCCCCGACGGGUGAACAGCGUUCCUUGGGCUUGGAUGUGGCAACAGAUUUCACAGCGCUGGCGGAGCAUUAUGCAGACGAGAUUUGUCGAUCCGUUAUGUACUGUACACAGUCUGAUAUGAAUACGCUGGGCGCGCAACACUUGCUUGCCCCUCUCAGCCAAUCUGCGCAAUUCUUUCAGGUCCACGAAGUAGCGCAAAAAUACAGGUGGUGUCAGGGGGUGUUUGUGCUCCUUGACUCGCUAGGUCUGGGAAUAGCUCCGCUGCUGAAGGACAUGGUUUGGCCCCAAUACCGCUCUGCUCGUCUACGUCGGUCUUUGUCAUCCACGGGAAAGGUCUCAUGAUGAGCUUUUGCCUGUUCAAUGCAAUUUCGGUGCCAAGGUGGCAGGUCGCAGUUGAGCAUGUCGGAAUCACGCUUGGAAGUACGGGAACUACACCAAGUACAUUUUGGAAGGCUACCAGCGAUCGACCUACAUAAUAUCAACCUAGGAUUACCAACCGACAUGUUGGUUUAAUCAUGACUAGAAAGCAAGCCAGUUGAUGCGGGCAGCAGCAGCUCAUUGUUGGUCUUGAUGCAGGACAAGGUACUGGGCCGCGAGCGACAGGUCACCACAUGUCUGCCUCUACACCACACGUCGACCUUAACGCUCACCAGCCAGGAAUAUUCAGGAAAGGCCGGUUUAACCGCGAUAGGUUCACCAAGUAGCAGGUCCAAGCAUGUGGCCUUUUGCACAACACAGGUAUGACCGAAGCGGAACUCGGCUGAGAGGCAUUUCUGUUACACCCAUAAUAUAUAGCGCUUAGUACUACGGGAAUUUAGGCCCACCGUCAGAUAGUC